GGGCAAGGGUCUCGUGCGAAGCACCUCGGCUCGAGCCUUCUUCCUGCUCCACCUCACUUGUCUCAGACCAACUCCCUGCUUCCGUCUCGAACGCGCCUCGGUUCUCCACCGCCUCAGUACGGCACCUUCACGACGAUAUAUGCUUUAAGUUCUGAAAUGACAAUGGAGACCGUUCAGCUUCAGUACCUGAUACUGUUCCUCGCGAAUCGUGUCAUCGCUAGAAAGCCCUUGGGCGUCUCGGCUUCAGACUUUGCUCUGAGCCUAGCAACAAGGGCGAAUACACUCCAACACACUUCAUUGCACGCCUUGCUAUUCGGCAAGGCUGGAGGCACUAGAAGCGCAGAUACUCUCGCCGAAAUUCUAGCUUACCGAAGGCCGAUCAAGGGGAGCCAGAACGAUGCCAAGAGCUGCUCUACCACUGCCGAAGACCUGCACCAUGCGCGUACAGCCCUUACAGGUGUAUUCCAUCCAGACGAGCCGGCAGCUCUUGCGAUAGCUUCAGACCCUGUCGUGUCGACGUCAGACCCGCCUAGAUCGCUCGCUUCACAACAAACGGAUCUUGCGAGAGCCACAGCUGGCGAGAUCGUGGUGACAGCCAUUGCGACGCCUCCAGAAAUAUCCCAUACGGCCACCCCUACUUCUGACCAUGAUCAGGAUGAGUGCGGGCACCUGACAGCAAUUUCCGCAGACAAAGCCGAACUUCGCCUUCAGAAGACAACAGCCACUGAUGAACAGCAAGAUACUGAUGUACAGCCACGAGGAGCAUCCGAGCAAUGUUCCGUCAAGGCCGGCCCGGAGGCAGCGGCAGCAGUCGGCUCAGGUGAGGUCACAGACAGUCCGGGUGGGUCAGAUCGGACGGAGGACCCUGCCCAGGUUGCCCGACCGCCAACUGCCUGCACUGAGCCUUGUACGGAUGCGGACCGCACCGACCAAGAAAAUCUGCGUCGCCAUCUUCUCACAACAACAGGCGAGGCAUCGAACGGUAUCAACGACAUCCUUCAGAACUGCCUUGCCAGAUGUACUGCUGAAUCGGAGUCAGACUCAAAGGACACUCUCGCCUUCCAUCGUCUCGUGGUCUCGAUGUCAUCUUCCGCAAUCGUGGCGCUACAGCAGGGGCAUGCCAUGCUCGCCGAGAUCCCGAAGAGCGAAGACGUCGUGGUAAGCUUCCUCGCUCAGACGAAGGAACUGUUAGAACGGACAGUCAACAGCUGUCUCGAUCUGCUUCACCCCCCGGAACUUGCGAUUCAACUUAAAAGGCAUAAGCAAGGUGCUCCCAAGAAGCGGAAGCUAUCAGACGUGAUCGAUACUCCAUAUUGCAAUCCCCGUACUGUCACAAGUAUUCUACUGGCUCUGAUCCAAGCCACUCCGAGGGAUCGAGAUAUCGAUAUAGCUUCGGUAGUAGCCUCGAGCUGCUCCUGUCGCAUCCGUGACCUUGCGGCAUUGGCGCCUCAUAGGAUCUGCAAUCCAGCUUUGCAGCUCAUCCGCACACUCUGUGAGCUACUUGACCAGAUUGUUCUCUUGAUGCAUGGAAGCCCAAGCGGCGAGGCAGAUUCAAGAGUACUGGACAUUCUACAAGAUUGUCGGGUGUGGCUCGCCAAGGGGGCUAAGUGUGACUCUCAAUUCCGCCGAGCAUGUCGCAAGAGGGUGAUGCGUACCUUUGAUCACAUUCAAGCAAACUUGUAGCCAUUCGUCACCUUCUCCCUUGUCCAUCAACACUUCUACGAUACGCUUUUGCUUCGCUGCCACUGAUCCGUCUAUCGUCAAGAGUGAGACCGGGUUUAGCGAAGCGCGGAAGGCGAGGAAGCGCCGCUUACAUAAGUCGCGGUGACGAAGCGGGGGCGGGCCU